UGAUAUAUGUCGCUCUUGACUUGAACAAUUAGCCGUCAAUCUUCUUCUUCUUCUCAGCGUCAAGGUCGCCAUGGCUAACGUGCUCUACCUCUUCUCUAUCAUGCUUCUGUUGGUUGAGAAUCCUAUUGCCUCUUCCACCUCAGGCGACGGGUUUCGACUCACUCUCACCCGCGUAGACUCGGCCGCCAGCGCUUCACUCACCUUGGCGGAGCGAAUCCAACGCGCCGUCCGCCGGAGCUACUCCCGGAAGAGGGCCAUCGAGGCCAAGCUCGACGUCGUGGCUUCUGUCAGCUACGGCGGUAGCUUCGAGUACUUGGUCAGCUUUGGCAUUGGUUCCCCGGCGCUCCCCGUCACAGCCAUCCUCGACACCGGCAGCGACCUCAUUUGGACGCAGUGCGUCCCCAGCUUCGAGAGAAUCCCGCAGCCGAGUCCCUUCUACGAUUCCUCCGAGUCCUCCUCCUUCUCCCGGAUCCCCUGCUCCAACCCCUUCUGCAGUGAGCGCAUCUCGAUCUUCAGUUCUUGCGCUUCCUCCCAAGGCGACCUGUGCCUCUACUUGGCCAGAUACGGGGACGACACUCGCAGCAGAGGCUUACUCGCGACGGAGAAGCUCAGUUUUGACGAUGGCUCGUCGAUCGCCGGUGUCAUAUUCGGGUGCGGAUUUUGGAACAACGGCACGCUUUCGAACUCCACCGGCAUAGUCGGCAUGGGCCGAGGCCGAUUCUCUUUGCCGGCGCAGCUGAAUCCUCCCAGAUUCUCCUACUGUUUAACCUCGAUUAAUAGCUCCGCCGCCAGCCAUCUCUUCUUGGGUACCAAGGCGAGCCUGGGAGGAGGAGGCGGAUCAGUUGGGAGCACGCCGUUUAUCUCCAACCCCACAAGCCCCUCCUUUUACUACCUCUCCUUGAUCGGAAUCUCGGUGGGUGGGAUUCGGCUUCCGAUUCCACCUAGCGCCUUCCAGCUGAAUGCUGACGGCUCCAACGGGACGAUCAUCGACUCCGGCACCUUCUUGACAUUGUUGAACCAGCCUGGGUACGAAGUACUUAGGAAAGAGUUGAUCAAGCAGGUGGGGCUGGACAUCGAUCAGUGCAUCCAAUUGAAGAAUCAGAGCUCAGCUCCCCCAAUGCCGGAGCUGGUGUUCCACUUCGACGGCGCCGACAUGCGUUUUCAGCGGGAUAAGUACAUGUUUAUAGAUGAGGGAAUAUUUUGCUCGGCGAUCGCCGGAACGGACGGUCUAUCAAUCUUGGGCAACUACCAGCAGCAGGACAUGCACAUCCUCUACGAUCUCAAAGCCAACGUGCUCUCCUUCGUCCCGGCCAACUGCGACCGGUUCUGAAGUUAAAUGCUGCGCCUUUCCGUUGCAAUCUAAUAAUAAAAUUAAGCUGUGUUUCAGAGUAUGGCAUACGUGAUAUGUAGUGUUCCUAUUGCCACUCAAUAAAAUUGUACUCUAUCUAUGAAUGUGUUGGAAAAAAAAAUUAUUGGAGAAGAAAAU